AAUGCUCACUGCUUGCUCAGUCUGAUAGCAAUGUUUCUCCGUUGCUGUUGUCGUUCGUCCGUGUCGUCUUCGUUAUCGUAAUGCAUUUAACCGGUUAUUUGAGUGAAUACUAAGGAAUUAUAAUAUAGUUCGGGACGUUUAUUGCGUAGUUGAACCGUAACGAAUAUGUGAUCGCUUUUCUUUUUUUUUUUUUAAAUCAAUUUUUUUGAUAAUAUCACAUUUGAUCUGUAUCAAAUCCUCGAGUUUACCUAUUUUUUCUUUAAUGUAGUGCCUUAAAACUUCCGCUCCACAGUAAAUAUUAUAGUAAGGGCCGUGUGAUAAGCGUACAACUUUGUCAUUAUUGUCGAUAUUCAAUGAAUACAUUCGUGCGUGACGGUGCGGUAAACCGCAGGAAACGAUUUCGUCAAAGUUUUUCGACGCACAAUACUGAACAAGAAAAAAAAAAGAUCCACAAGACUCACGGUGACGGAACAAAAGCGCAAAGUGAUUUUGCGUUAAGUACCUUUCGACCAAAUUUCGAUGAAAGUACGGCCGAUCAGUCGACGGUUGUAGCAACUCAGAAGGAAUCCAGAUAUCAAAAUUCUGAAUUUAUGCGAUCAAAAGCAUUUUUAUAUUUAAAUUACAAGAAAAUUAAUUCUGGUAAUGUUAAUAAAUCCCUCAAAGAAUAUUUAAAGCAAUACGAUGGAAAUGAAACACAUUUAAGAAGGAUUUUUGAACAGUGUUAUGAUGUAUCAAAAGGAUCUGUAGAAAAAAGUAAGGCUAUGAUGAAACAAAUCGAGACUAACGCACAUGUUAGACUUGAUCUUUUACCAAAUUCAUUUUCUGGAGUUAGGAGUAGGUUGCCUAUGUCGUCAUGCAAAGUUGUUCAAAAAACUGUUAAAAAAUGUGAUAAUAAGAAAUAUAAAAAAAAAUUAUCAUUACUUUUAAAACAAAGAAUUGAUGACAAGAAUUUAAUAUUAUUUGGUAAAUAUAAUUCGAAAAAAGAUAAAAAAAUCCUCUACGGAAAAACAAUUAUUCCUGUUAUAAUACCUAAAAUAGAUGAGAAUUAUGAUACAGCAAGUCCGGUUAGUGAACAUUUUGAAAGUGAAAAUAAUUGUUAUCGCAUUACUAAAUCUUGUAGUCUAUAUUCCAAGCAGAACAAUUCCUUAAGAGUAACUAAAGUUUCUAAACCAAGCUCUGAUCGUAUUGUCCCAAGAAAUUCUAUUUCAUGUAAAAAUAACCUGAUAAGGUGUUAUGGUAAAAUUAUAGUUCCACAAUUAAAAAUGGACGUAAGUGCUUAUAAUUCCCAAGAAUCUAUGUUGAAAAUAGUUCAUGAUGUUGAAAAAAUUAUGAUUCCACAAAUAAAAAUAGAUGAAACUGUUCAAGAUGCCCAAGGUUCUGCAUUGAAAACAAAUAUUGUUGUUGAAGAAAUUAUGAUUCCGCAAUUAAAAAUAGAUAAAACUGUUCAAGAUGCCGAAAGUUUUGCAUUGAAAACAAAUAUUGUUGAAGAAAUUAUGAUUCCGCAAUUAAAAAUAGAUAAAACUGUUCAAGAUGCCGAAAGUUUUGCAUUGAAAACAAAUAUUGUUGAAGAAAUUAUGAUUCCGCAAUUAAAAAUAGAUAAAACUAUUCAAGAUGCCCAAGGUUCUGCAUUGAAAACAAAUAUUGUUGUUGAAGAAAUUAUGAUUCCACAAUUAAAAAUAGAUAAAACUGUUCAAGAUGCCGAAAGUUUUGCAUUGAAAACAAAUAUUGUUGAAGAAAUUAUGAUUCCGCAAUUAAAAAUAGAUAAAACUAUUCAAGAUACCGAAGGUUCUGCAUUGAAAAUAGUUCAUGAUGUUGAAAAAAUUAUGAUUCCACCAAUAAAAAUGGAUAAAAUUGUUCAAAAUGCCAAAGAAUCUGCAUUGAAAACAAAUAUUGUUGAAGAAGUUAUGAUUCCACAAUUAAAAAUGGACGGAAUUGUUCAAAAUUCUAAUGAAUUCUCGUUGAAAACUAAUAUUGAUGUCGGGAGAAAUAUAAUUCCACAAUUAAAAACAUACGGAAUUGUUCAAAAUGUUAAAGAGGCUGCGUUGAAAAUUGAUGAAAAUAGUACGGUACCACAAUUACCAAUGGACGAAUGUGUUAAAAAUGUCAAAGAUUCUGCGUUGGAAAUAGUUACUGAUUGUGAAGAGAUUAUAAUUCCACAAUUGAAAAUGGAAGGAAAUAAUGAAAAUACUAAAAUUUAUGCAUCGGAUACGAAUAUUGAUGUUGGAGAAAUAAUUGAUUUAGAAUCAGAAAAGUAUAUAAUUACUUCAAAUACUAUCGAUUCUCAAGUUAAUAAAAUAGAAAAUGUAAAUACUAAUGAUAUGAACCAACAAUCCGAAAUAUUGAACUAUGAUGUCAAUAUAGUGAUUAAAAUUGGAAAUCUUAUUGACCCUGAAGACAAAGUAUUUAAAAAUUCUAUAGUUAAAGAUUUGGCCACAUAUUUUUUAAAUGAUGAUUUUCUACACAAAGUCCAUGCCCUAUGGAAAACUACAGAAUCGGAUCUUGUUGGAGAGUUAGUUGUUAAGCUUCUUACCAUGUUUAAUGACAUCGAAUAUAAUAUGGCACUAUUUUCCGGUUGUUUAAUUUCCAUAUUUCGUGAAAUUGCUCGUAAGUCUUCAAUUCCUCCGUGUAAAAUAAAAUUAAAAUUGAUUAUGUUCCUUGAUGCUAUUAAAAAAUACAUUAAAUUUCAUGAUUAUGAAUUAUGGAGAAAUUGGUUUUUGCCUAGUAUGUUCUUCGAUUGGUGUUUUAUUGUAGCCUACACAUUCAUGAACACUGAUAAUGAUUUCAUGAUAGAUCUUAACAAGAAGUCAAUUAUCAUAAAUGCAACAACAUACUAUAAAAUGGUUAAACAAUGUAAAUAUUUUUUUAUUAAUCAAGAUUCUAAACCAAUCAAGUCGCUUAAAAAAAAGGGUAUAUUUGAAUUAACAAGAAUUGAUGAUCUGCUUGAAAUCGAUGAUUUACAUUCAGUACAAAGUGAUAACACAGUAAUACCAAAUACCUCUAUUAACAUAUCUUCAACAGAACCUAAACACAAAAAACCCAAAAUAGAUGACUGUAUAGAAACUAUUAAUCAUACUGUACAGGAAAGUUUAGAAGAAGUAUGUCCUACUCCAGUUAAUCCUAGAAUAUAUGUAAAUCCUAAAUAUAAUAUUUCAAAUUCAUUUAUUAAAACAUUAAAUUGGUUUAAUUCUGACGUCACUGAACUUAGAAAUAAAUUAAAUGCUGUAAUAUUUAACGAAUGUAUUGACAGUUCUAUUGUAGUCCAAAAUAACGUUGAUGAUAAUAUACUACCAUUAGAUGAUAAACUUGGAAGUGUAGUUACAAGUGAAACUAAUAAACCAAUAAAAAGAAAAAAAUCCUGUACACAAGUUGAAUCUCCACGUGUAUUUUUCACCAUUGCAAAUGAUCCGAAAGAGUUUAAUAUAACUUGUGGUUCAUCAAUGGUCACUCAAAAUCCAAGUUCAUCAGCAGUCCCUCAAAAUGCAAAUUUGUCAAAAGUUCCUCAGAAUUCUAGUUCACUACCAAUCUGUCAAAGUUCAAGUACAUCGCCAAUUUGUCGAAAUUCGAGUUUAUCACCUCAAAAUUCAAGUUUAUCUACAAUCCUUGCAAAUAAUCCGAAAGAGUUAUAUAUCACUUAUGAUUCAUCAGUGGUCACUCAAAAUCCAAGUUCACCAACAGUCCCUCAAAAUGCAAGUUUAUCAAAAGUUCCUCAAAAUUUAAGUUCAUCAACAAUCCUUGCAAAUAAUCUGAAAGAGUUUAAUAUUACUUAUAGUUCAUCAAAAGUCCUUCGAAAUUCAAGAUCAUCAAAAGUCCCCCGAAAUUCAAGUUCAUCUACAGUCCUUCCGUAUGGAAGUUCAACAACAAUUCUUCAAAAUUCAAGUUUUUCAGUAGCCCCAAUAAAUCUGAAUCAACAUUACAAUAAUAUUUUAUCCAAUAAUACUCAAUUUACAGCAACUUUGGAAACUGUGAUUACUCGGACUUCAAAUUCAUCGACAGUCCCUCAAAAUUCAGGUUCAUCAUCGGUCUCUCAAAAUUCAAGUUUGUCGACAGUUCCUAAAAAUAUAUGUCCAUGUUACAAUAAUCAUUUAAUUAAUACUCAAUUUCCGGAAACUAUGCAAACGGUAAUUCCUCAAACUUUAAAUUCAUCAACAGUCUCUCAAAAUUUAAGUUCAUAUUACAAUAAUAUUUCUUCCAACUAUACCCAUAUUUCGAAUAGUAAUCAAAAUAGUUUAUCAAUUUCUAAUGUUACACAAACUUCAAAUUCGAGGAGUACACAUCUACCAGUUGAUAUAAAUGCACAGUCGUCAAUAACUACUCUGCCUCCAGUUUCUUUAAAUAAAUGGCCAUCAAAUUUCUAUCAGCAAUCGACUACUACGAAUUCACAGCAUCUAAAGGCAGUAAAUACAUGGCCAUCAAAUCUCUACCAUCAAUCGACUGCUACAAAUUCACAGCCUCUAAAAGCAGCAAAUACAUGGCCAUCAAAUCUCUACCAGCAAUCAACUGCCACGAAUGUACAGACCCCAAAAGCAACAAAUACAUUCCAAACAAAUUUAACAAAUACGAAGAACGUUUAUAAAAAUCCGUGUCAUGACCCUUCAUGCUGUGCUCACUUUAAAUUAUACACAGAUUCUGCCCCAUCAUAUUUGCAGUCGCCAUAUAAAGAAAAUAUUCCAUUAACCACUACGCAUCCUCAACUUUCUAAUGCAUGCACAUAUUCUACAAACAACAUUCAACCAAUAUCGAGAGAAGUAGUAGGAAGAACUGCAGCAAGUGUGACAUCAAUUAACAACGCCUAUACUCAGAAAUUAAAUGAAAAAUAUAAUAAUUAUAACUAUGGAAAUAGUCUUGUGAAUCAUUAUGGCUUGCAAUCUUCCGAACAUAAUCAUCAGGUUUCACCAGAUUUGCCUGAUGCGCAAUUACCUAACAUGCCAAAUCAUCAGGAUUCUGAUACUAAAAAUAAAACGUGUAUGGCUGCCAAUUGUACAAAUAUUUCCUGUUUUCGUUGUGAUUCUUGUAUGGCAGCUUUUUAUUGCGGUACACAAUGUCAAAAAUCUGAUUGGCAUUACCACAAAAAUGAAUGUCGUCGUUUUUAACUAUCAAAAUUAUUAUUAUUUAUUAUUUUUAUAAUACUGUUCAUUAUACUUCGGUAUUUUUUUAUCAUUUAACCUUCAACUGCAUCUUCAUAUGUAAUUAAA